UUUAACCCACAGAUUUUCAGUUGAACAAAUUUCAAUUCAAAUGGCAGAGUGCAGGGCUAAAAAUAAUGUUAUUUUUCGAAGGAUGUGUUUUGUAAAACGAAGCCUGGUUGUUCUCAACGUAUUGUGUUGCCUCGGGGGAACUACUGACGCAACUGGCACUGGAAAGCAAAUUAUAGAGCCUCUGGAGCACAGAAAUAAAGCUGGCAUGCAACAGAGCAGGUCGCUUUUACCAAAGUACUCCGAGCCUGUCAAGUUCAAAACUGCAGCAGUUGCAGCAGAUUAUAAAAACUGUUCAGAACGUGGAGCUGAAAUUUUACGAGAUCAUCAUGGAAAUGCCGUGGACGCAGCCAUUGCAACUGCUCUGUGUGUGGGUGUAGUGAAUGCCCAUUCAGCGGGUAUUGGAGGUGGAGGUUUCAUGAUCAUUCAUGACAAGAAAAGGGCGAAAACUACGGCAAUCAACUUUAGGGAGGUGGUUUCUCAUCACGAAAAUGCUGAAACGAUGAAGGACUUUCUAAACCUUAAAAAAAAAUGGAAAGAAAGAGAAAGGAAAAAAAAUAUAGCAGGCGAAGGAGAAUUUAUCGGCGUGCCUGGCGAGCUUCGUGGAUUUGAAAUGGCUUGGAAGAAGUACGGCCGACUGCCUUGGAGAAAACUUUUUCAACCAGCUAUCGAAAUAGCAACGAAUGGCUUUCCGGCAAAUCACGCACUCGUGAAUGCUGUGCGAAUUAACUGGCUGAAUGUUACGCACGACUUUGGAUUGAGAGAGUUAUUCAGGAAAAACGGUCGAAAAAUUAAAGAAGGAGACGUCAUCAAGAGAACAAAAUAUGGAAAAACUCUUCGUAAAAUUGCAGACUCAGGAGCCGAUCUCUUCUACACUGGUAAAAUGGCUAAGAAGAUCGUCAAAGAUGUCAGAUCCAUCGGCUCCUGUAUUUCCCUGACGGACCUGAAAGAUUACAGAGCUACUGAAGUUAAACCGUUGGAGGUUUCUCUCCCUGGGGUCAAAGGAUAUAAACUUUUGACCGUUCCACCCCCUGCAGGUGGUGCCGCAUUAAUCAACAUUUUGAAUAUUCUCAAAGGCUUCAAUUUUAGUGCAAAUGAUAUGAAGCAUCAUCCUGUUUUGACGUAUCACCGCAUGAUCGAAGCAUUCAACUUCGUGGCAGCUAAACAGACCUAUCUUACAGAUCCUGUCUUUGAUGAAGACGUGAAAGAGGUUGUGAAGGAAAUGUUGGAUCCGGAGAGAAGCGAGCAGAUACGCAGAUUAAUAAACGGCGAGACACAUUCUUUUGAUUAUUAUGGACCAAUCAACUACAAUACCGACAUCACAGAUGGCACGACUCACGUGUCUGUUCUCGAUGCAGAAGGAAAUGCUGUUUCCUUGACAACUUCAAUCAAUAAAUAUUUCGGAGCAAAACUUAGAAGUCCUAAGCUCGGGAUAAUUUACAACGAUCAGCUGCUGGACACUUACGAGAAUGUGAGAUUAAAGGAAUUUAAAUUGGCGAUUGACGAACUUAAACCUUACAAAAGACCCGUGUCUCUUGCUUCACCCUCCAUCAUCUUAGAUGAAGCAGGGGACGUGAAAAUGGUUUUUGGAGCCGCCGGAGGAAAAUACAUCGCAACAGCUUUAGCACAAGUUCUGAUGAACCAUUUUUGGUUUGGAGAGAGUUUACGAGACGCUGUGUCGAAGUCUCGUCUCCACAGCCAACUGUUUCCGAAUCUGGUCCUAGUCGAAAAAGACUUUCCCAAACAGUACAUUGACGAGCUUAAACGCUUUGGACAUAAAAUUACAAACGACACCGUAAAAAUUACAGGAACCCCUUUCCAAAUCGUUGGAGUGGUUCAACUCGUCUACAGAGAGAAGGACGGUGAGAUACUGGCGCUAGCUGAUCAUAGGAAAGGAGGUGGACCCGCAGGUUACCGCUGACCAAUCGAACAUGCUUAUGUAAAAGGCUUAGAUUUACAACAGGUUCAACCUAGCUAGCCACAACCUAAUGCUGUAUAAAAGUUGCCAUUUGUUCUUGGAAGAGAAUGCACGCUCUGUAGUUAUUCAUAAAGUGUCAUCAAGCUUAAUUUAUACAUCAGUGCAUCUUAUACUCUGGAAAAAGAUCAACUACGGCCGAUAACUACUAGCCGCUCAUUUCUCACAGGCCCGCUUUAUUAAUUCAACAUGAAACUUAUGUGUCAUAAAAACUGUCAUUCGUAACUCCAUGAUGAAUAACCAGAUGUGAGUCUGAAGGUAUUCUUUGUGAGGUACCCAGUAGGUAAGCAUGAAACCAUCUUGCGCCGCUGCUAAAGCCUAAUACUUUGGCGAGUACCAAGUGUGAACACAAAACGUUUUUACGUUAGGAGCUCCGGCACGUUCCAAAGUGUUCUUCCUUGAUAGUCCUGCCACUUCACUCUUCAAAUGCCUGCAUGAUAAGAAGUUGAAUGGCAGGUUUUGAGCGGCGGAACAUCAAGUGUGAUGGCUCCAUGUUUAUUGAGCGAUCAAAAACCCCAGAAAAUUCGCCAAACUAACAGGCUACAGUCCUUCCUUCUGCGUAAAAUCCAAUCGCUUUCCAGUACCACCCAGUCAUAGUCAGAGAUUCUGGGGUUUCCCUUGAUCGUCCAAGCAGGUUUCAGGCUCUCAGUUAGUGAAGAUGAGCAAAAAGGUGCAGAGUGCUCAAGAAAUGGCACCCGCGGAAAGGGGCAUCACAACCGUAACUGCUGCACGUCAACUCGUUUUCCAGCUUUAGCAUGCUCUGUUUUCGUUCAUCUCCGUCAACGGAAGGCCUGGCACAGAUUAGGUCGUCCCAAGUAAUGCUCAAACGAUCGGGACAAUUAUAUGGAAACCAGGCUAAACGUUCUCUCCCGGGCGAUCACCUGGUUUCCACAUGAUCCAAACUGAAAAAAAGGAUCGCGUCGUGUAAGGUCUGGAAAACUCAGACAAUCUCAUGAAACCGUAGAUCGGGGCGAGCAUAUGAAAACCAGACAUUUGGAUAAUUAAUUCUGAAAUAAAUUAACACAAAGAAACGAAAUUGCUUCAAAAAAACGUAAUAUCGAUAAGAAAUGUGUUAAUGUCGUCAAUUAGUAUAUAACGUGACACAGUUGAAUACAUGUAGUGUUUUUCGCGCACACUUGAAAGCAAUUUCGAAAAUGAUCAGCGAGCAACUGUUCACCUGUAAGCAACCGAAGAGAGAAAAUCGUUCGUCAAUGGUUUCCGACCAUUUUACAGUAUAUCGACAUAAAAAAGAAAAAAAAUUGUUCGUUUAUUGUUUGUGUGUGGUGUACUUUAAUUUACCUCAGUGUCCGCCGUUGAAAGUUGUGGACAUCGCAGACAUCACCGCUUCGCGGCUUGGUAAAUAUCCACUAAUAUUAACCUCUUCCUCAGUGAAUAAUUGCUAAUUAAAAGAAGGAACCAAUUUUAUGUAAUUAGUUAUUGCAGUUCGCAUCAUUCCACUGUAAUAAAUCACUUUA